AUGAUUUCCCAUUUUCUUUCCUUCUCUUUCUACUCCCUAUUUCCUAUGAUUUCCCAUUUUCUUUCCUUCUCUUUCUACUCCCUAUUUCCUAUGAUUUCCCAUUUUCUUUCCCUCUCUUUCUACUCCCUAUUUCUUAUGAUUUCACAUUUUCUUUCCUUCUCUUUCUACUCCCUAUUUCCUAUGAUUUCCCAUUUUCUUUCCUUCUCUUUCUACUCCCUAUUUCCUAUGAUUUCCCAUUUUCUUUCCUUCUCUUUCUACUCCCUAUUUCCUAUGAUUUCCCAUUUUCUUUCCUUCUCUUUCUACUCCCUAUUUCCUAUGAUUUCCCAUUUUCUUUCCCUCUCUUUCUACUCCCUAUUUCCUAUGAUUUCCCAUUUUCUUUCCUUCUCUUUCUACUCCCUAUUUCCUAUGAUUUCCCAUUUUCUUUCCCUCUCUUUCUACUCCCUAUUUCCUAUAAUUUCCCAUUUUUUCCUUCUCUUUCUACUCCCUAUUUCCUAUGAUUUCACAUUUUCUUUCCUUCUCUUUCUACUCAGUAUUUCCUAUGAUUUCCCAUUUUCAUUCCUUCUCUUUCUACUCCCUAUUUCUUAUGAAUUCCAUUUUCUUUCCCUCUCUUUCUACUCCCUAUUUCCUAUGAUUUCCCAUUUUCUUUCCUUCUCUUUCUACUCUCUAUUUCUUAUGAAAUCCCUCUUUUCCUUUUCUUCUACUCUUAAAUUUUCCUUUUCUUUCCGUCUCUUUCUACUCCCUAUUUCCUAUGAUAUCCUCACCUUUCUAUCCCGCUCUUUCACUAUUUCCUAUGAUUUCUCCGGCCCUUUCAACCUCUUUCUACUCUCCGUCUUCUAUGAUUUUCCCCUUUCUUUCCGCCUCUUUCUAUUCUCUUUCUCCUAUGUUUUCCCAGCCCCUUUUUUCCUUCUCUUUCUACACUCUAUCUCCUAUAGUUCCCCAUUAAAAGAAAAAAAUUACACUCAAAAUCCCUCUUAUGUUUUCUUUUAA